CCUUUCGCAGCGAUGCCAUCAUCAUCAGUUUCCUGGUGACUGGUCAAAGUAAAUGAAGCCCACCACUGCGGCUACCUGCCCCCUUCCCCAUUCCCCGCCCGUCUCCACAUCAAAAGAUAAACAAACGAGCUUUCAUGGCCACGAUGUGUCUCAGGAACCCACAUGCUGGUGCAGAAGUAGUAGCAGUGCAGUAGUACAAGUAGUGUGUUGCUUCGUAAAGUACAGAUCUCGAACCUCCUUCACGCUGCGCACACCACUUGUAGUUGCGGCAACCUCGCAGGAGGGAACGCAGCCGGGGGAGAAAGAGGAGCCGCAGGCCGCCCAAGAGUUCAAGGUUCCUCUCUGGCUCUCUGUUCCUAUCCAGGCUCUUGAAUCCAGACAAGACAUGUACCCAUUUUCUUGAAGGAAAUAAGUUUUUAAACUGGCAUCUCUUUCACGCAUAAAUGAUAAGGAACCAAGAUAAUAAAACAGAAUAUGCAUCAAGACAGUUUCAGAUCAGUGGUUUGCAGAUCCCUUUCGAAGAGUCUUCCCUCCACGAGCAAAGAUGGCAGCUAUCCUGAAAGAGCUCAGUGUACUGUCCCUUGUGUCGUCACACUGGAACCUACAGUUUGCCGAGCCUGCCAAAGCCGGGAUUGGAGCCUGUCACAAAGUAACCGUGAGGAGAGGUCCAUCUUGUCACAAAGAGAUUAUAUGAUGGCAUCCUCACUCUCCAGGCAUUUCGCCGAGGACCUCCUAAGAGGCGCCAUGGACCUCCAGGAGUCCCUUGUGAUGCUCGAGAAGUUCCAAUCCGUGUCACGGAGCAUGAGGAAACCGAAUAAGAAGAUACGACCAGAGACCGGUGAGAAAUCACCAGGAAUCCAUGAGUCCCUCUUUGAAGCAUCAAACACCAAGAAGGUAGUCCCUGGAAACAUCAGCAAUAGAUUUGAUGGGCAACUAAGGAACUGUACUGAUGAUCUGAAGAGAGUGAUCAAGGAUAGCCUUUACAGGAAGAACCUCUCCUCAGUGUCCUCCAGUGAUGAGCAGGCCUCCUUAAGUCGGUCCUCACGGUACGCACAAAACAGUUCUGCUGUAUCCAAGUCUACUAAGCAGAAGGUGGUGCCAAGAUCAUUAUCAUGUGCACCUGUGCAAGCUGAAAAGUCCAAAUCCCCAAGCUUGGUAGCGAGGCUUAUGGGCCUUGAUGGACUGCCCUCACACAACAGCAAUACUGCCAAGAAAGACGAGACACUGAAGACAGUGAGUUCACCAAGGGCACAGUUUGAUAUUGAGAUGCCUAGAUCAAAAACACCACCCUCAGAAAGACUACCAAAACAGCUAUUUGGAAACCACUCUGGUCGGAAGGGGAAGGCAGGGCAGGAGAUCAUGGAGAUAAGUCAAGUCAAAAGGCUUUUAAAGACCAUGUUGAAUUCUGAUGAGCACAAAGUCCAGCAGCACAAUGUUCGGAUGGAUUUUUCUUAUUUGCGAAAGAACAUCCUUCCUUUGCAGGAUACCUCAAUAAUUACCGAGCUCACGCAGAGAGAACAAAGAAUUAAACAAGGUCGAACCAAAGUCCCAGAGGACCUGAAGGUUGUGUCUCAUAUAACUCGAAAGCAUCGUAUAAAACAGAACACCGAGAUCAACAGGAGAAGCAUCGAUACGCAGAAAGAUCAUUUUACUAAUAGGAAGGGAGAAGGGAGGAAAGAUAGGAAGGCUAAAACAGUAUUGGCAUCUCCUACCAAUGCUAAAGUAGUGAAAAAGCCUGAUAAGAAAUUGAUUGCAUCAAGCAGCAACCCUUCAACAUGCCGUACAAUGAAGCCGAUCUUACGGAGAACACCUGGUAAUUCCAGGGAGAAGACGGUGUCAAGUAGAAAAACCCAGAACUUGACUAUUGAUGACAUUGUGGCAUAUGAGGUCAUCGAAACUGAUGGGCCAUCCACAGAACAUAGUGCAACACCUAGUGACGAAAGCUGCCAGAGCGCUGAUUGGGACACAGAACCUUCCAUCAACGAUGCCUGGGAAGAUUUUAGCGGAUCCAAUGAAGCUUCACUAGCUUCCAGCCUGAGCAGCCCACCGAUAAACAGAACACCAGCAAAGGAAGUUGAAAUAAAGGAUGAGAUGAGUUUGCUUCUCCUCAGUGACCAAUCAUUCCUUACCCGAGCAGCCCAACUCCUAGGUAUUAGUGCACCUUAUCAUCUGAUUGAGCAAUACAAAGGUACCUCCAAGGCUGAAAUGAAAAACCGCGAGCUCUGUAUUGACAUAGCAGCGGAGCAACUGGAACGAAAACUUCAUCAGCAGAAUAGCCCGCCUUACACCGUAUUCAGGGGGAAGAAAUGCAGAGCAACACACUUCUCUCUGGAGGCAUUGCUAGGUGAUAUCAGCAAUGGGACCCGGAUGCUGAAGAGCUACACCGAAGGCUACUGCGAUGACAGAGCCAGGAAAGAUAGUCUGUCCAUGAAGCUGGAGAAGGAUCUCGGAUGCACUGACCCGUCGACCAACAGCGUGUGGGACUUGGGGUGGCAGGAUUGGGUCUGCAUGGAAGAAACAGAGUGCUGGGUGGGAGAUGCCGGGGAGAGCGUUCUGUCUUUGCUCAUUGAGGAGAUUGCUCUGGACAUGCUGGUGAACUGACUAAUUGACCAUAGAAAAGAUGAAGUAGGGGUGGUUCUUGUACUGUCUUGGAGAAUUAGUUUCAGUCUGUACAUCAUUGGCACGGCUCGUGCUUUCGAUUGAGUUCUCUGUUAGACUUUGCCUCAUGUGUGUUUUCUAACGGGUGUUUUCCUUUAGUUUGUGCAUAUAUAUUUUUAGAUAAUGUAAGAGAAUUCUCCGGGUCUUUGCGCCAGAAGAUCCACACAAGUACACAACCAGGUUUGUUCUGUACUGCUGUUGUGUAUAGUUGCAUAAGGCGUGAUAGGCUAAAAGAGCAAGGAUGCACAGUUUUAUCA